CGAGACAGAAGGACGUCGCACAGGACUUGUCUGUCAUCCAUCCAUAAGGCUGCCACAGGAACAACAGCACAUCGCACCCCCGCCUUGGCAGGACGUGUUGCAGGGUGUCGUUGCACCGCUGAGUUUGUCUGUCAUCCAUCCAUCUGGGCGGGAAGCAGGGCAGGAAGCACAUAGCUCCGCUGCCUUGGCAGUCAUCCAUCCAUAUCGGCAACCUCCAGCACAACAGCACGUCGCUCUGCUGCCUUGGCAG